AGCUGAUAGUUCCUGAAACAGUGCGCGUAUCGUAGUCUCAAAGUCUUUGAUCGAUGAAGGCUUUGAGUUCAAUGAACACCUCAAAUCCAUGUCUUCUCAAAACCCAUUUGAUUAAAGUCCCUAACUUUCACCUCUUCUUCAAAUUCAAGCCAUUCUCAUACAAUACCCAUGAUGCUAAGAGAGCUCAUGCUCUCUCAUUCACUAUCAACUGUAAGAAGACAAGUUCCCAAGACAUAAAAAACAAGGGGAAGGGCGUGUCCCAGAAGAUUGUCUUAUCAGAAAUGUCCCCUCCACCCCUCACAGAGGAUGAUGAUGACAUCAAUGGUGGUAGUGGUAUUGGUAGUGGCAGUGGGGAUGUUCCAGUAAGCUCAAAGAACAAGGGAGGCCCUUCUGGAAUGGCCAAGAUGUUGAGUAAAAGAGUUUUGCAGAUUCUCUCUAAUUUGCCCUUGGCUAUUGGGGAAAUGUUCGCCAUUGCUUCUUUAAUGGCUUUGGGAACUUUUAUUGAACAAGGUGAGGCCCCUGACUUUUAUUUCCAGAAAUAUCCUGAAGAUCAUCCUGUGUUAGGAUUUUUUACUUGGAGAUGGGUUCUUGCCCUUGGUUUUGAUCACAUGUUUACGUCCACUAUAUUUCUUGGAAUGUUGGUUCUCCUGGGUGCAUCCCUUAUGGCCUGCACUUACACAACACAGAUCCCUCUCGUCAAGGUUUCAAGAAGAUGGUCGUUUUUGCACUCUGCUGAGGCUAUACUUAAGCAGGAAUUUUCAGAAUCGUUGCCAAGAGCAUCAAUCCAAGAUGUUGGUACUAUAUUGAUGGGAGCUGGAUAUGAGGUAUUCUUAAAAGGACCAACUUUAUAUGCUUUUCAGGGGCUUGCAGGUAGGCUGGCUCCUAUUGGAGUCCAUAUAGCACUGCUGCUGAUAAUGGUUGGAGGAACUCUUAGUGCUGCUGGGAGCUUCAAAGGUUCAGUCACUGUACCCCAGGGGCUGAAUUUUGUUGUAGGAGAUGUUCUGGGUCCUAUUGGCUUUCUCUCCUCUCCUACUCAGGCUUUUAAUACAGAGGUUCAUGUCAACAGAUUCUCCAUGGAUUAUUUUGAUAGUGGAGAGGUUUCACAGUUCCACAGCGAUCUUUCCCUCUUUGACAUGGAUGGGAAAGAAGUAAUGAGGAAAACAAUUAGUGUAAAUGAUCCUUUAAGAUAUGGUGGUUUCACCAUAUACCAGACAGAUUGGAGUAUUGCAGCUCUGCAAGUUCUAAAGGACAAUGAAGGACCUUAUAACUUGGCCAUGGCACCUCUAAAGAUCAGUGGAGAUAAGAAGCUUUAUGGUUCUUUUCUACCCGUUGGAGAUAUUAACUCUCCUGAUGUUAAGGGAAUAUCUAUGCUUGCUCGUGAUCUGCAGUCAAUUGUCCUUUACGAUGUGGAAGGGAAAUUUGCAGGAGUUAGACGACCUAAUUCGAAUCUCCCAAUCAAUAUUAAUGGCACAGAAAUUGUCAUUGUUGAUGCAAUAGGGAGUAGUGGCUUGGAGUUGAAGACUGAUCCAGGUGUGCCAGUUGUAUAUGCUGGAUUUGGUGCUCUAAUGCUCACUACUUGCAUAAGCUAUUUAUCUCAUUCACAGGUAUGGGCCUUACAAGAUGGGACAAGAGUCGUUAUUGGAGGGAAGACUAACAGAGCAAAGGCGGAGUUUCCAGAGGAUAUGAACCGCUUGCUUAAUAAGGUCCCUGAAAUAGUUGAAUCAUCUCUAUCUAAGGAAGCUAAUGGCAUUAGUCGUUAGCUUAUGCUGCUUUUGAGACAUGGAGAUGAGAAAAGAAGACUCUUCAAUUGGAAGAUAGUGACUUAUAUGGAUUAUAUAGCAAUGAUAAAAGUACUUUGACAUGCAAAUACAAAUUGAACUUCAUACGUGAGGUGCCCUGCAGUUGUCUUCGUUGGCUGAUCGACCAAGGAUUUCACAAAUGCUCCAAUGAUUUCUUCGGGAAGUAAAUCAAGAAAACUUUGCAGCUCAUCAUAUAUGACAUUAUCUAGAUAAUACUGAGUUCCUUACAUGUAUAUUUCCUGCAUUUCUUUUUUUCUUUUUUUUAAAAAAUUAUAGGACCAAAUAUCAAAACUCUUUGUUAUUUGUGUUAUUCUGGUCCCUCAUUUAAGUAAUCGAAAAGUAUCUCCGCAAUUUGAUACCUCCCUAAUAAUGUAUACAUGUUGCA